CGGCGGCGGCGGCGACUUCGUGACAGAAACUGCUCUUUGGGCAGAAGUGGUCGGGCGCCGUGCCGGUCCCCGCGGGCCUCCCGGGCACCCGGCCACCUCCCCACCCCUCCGCGCCAUGGAGCCCGAGCUGGCGGCCCCAAAGCAGCCCCGGCCGCGGAGGCGAAGCCGCCGGGCCUCCGGGCUCAGCGCGGACGGCGCCGCGGGGCCUUCGGCCGACAACCCCAGGCCGGAGCUGGACGGCAGAUAUUCCCUUCGGAGAGGUAGCUCUUUCACAUUUUUAACACCUGGCCCCCAUUGGGACUUCACUUUGAAAAGAAAACGAAGAGAGAAAGAUGAUGAUGUCGUAAGCCUUAGCAGCCUUGAUCUGAAGGAGCCAAGCAAUAAAAGAGUUCGCUCUCUAGCUCGGGUCACAUCCUUGGCAAAUUUAAUCUCUCCUGUAAGAAAUGGAGCAGUCAGACGCUUUGGUCAAACAAUACAGUCAUUUACCCUUCGUGGUGACAGCAGAUCCCCAGCUUCUGCCCAGAAGUUAUCAAGCAGAUCGACAGUCCCCACGCCUGCCAAGAGGAGAAGCAGUGUGCUGUGGUCGGAGAUGCUAGACGUCAGUAUGAAGGAGUCUCUAACUACCAAGGAAAUCAAACGGCAAGAGGCAAUAUAUGAAAUGUCCCGAGGUGAACAGGAUUUAAUUGAGGAUCUCAAGCUUGCAAGAAAGGCCUACCAUGACCCCAUGUUAAAGUUGUCUAUUAUGUCAGAAGAGGAACUCACACAUAUAUUUGGUGAUUUGGACGCUUACAUACCUCUGCAUGAAGAUUUAUUGGCAAGAAUAGGAGAAGCAACUAAGCCUGGUGGAACAGUGGAGCAGAUUGGUCACAUUCUUGUGAACUGGUUGCCGGGCUUGAAUGCCUACAAAGGCUACUGUAGUAACCAGCUGGCAGCCAAAGCUCUUCUUGAUCAAAAGAAACAGGAUCCAAGAGUCCAAGACUUCCUCCAGCGAUGUCUUGAGUCUCCCUUCAGUCGAAAACUAGAUCUUUGGAGCUUCCUGGAUAUUCCUCGAAGUCGCCUAGUCAAAUACCCUUUACUGUUGAAAGAAAUUCUUAGACACACUCCAAAAGACCACCCUGAUGUUCAGCUGCUGGAGAAAGCUAUUUUGAUAAUACAAGAAGUUCUCUCUGACAUCAACUUGAAGAAAGGCGAAUCAGAAUGCCAGUAUUACAUUGACAAACUGGAGUAUCUGGAUGAAAAGCAGAAGGAUCCUAGAAUUGAAGCAAGCAAGGUAUUGCUUUGCCAUGGAGAACUGAAGAAUAAAAGUGGACAUAAACUUUACAUUUUCCUGUUUCAAGACAUCUUGGUUUUGACUCGGCCUGUUACACGAAAUGAGCGUCACUCUUACCAGGUUUACCGGCAACCGAUCCCAGUCCAAGAGCUGGUCUUGGAAGACCUGCAGGAUGGAGAUGUGAGAAUGGGAGGGUCCUUUCGAGGGGCUUUCAGCAACUCAGAUAAAGCUAAAAAUAUCUUUAGAGUUCGCUUCCAAGACCCGUCUCCAGGCCAGUCUCACACUCUGCAAGCCAAUGAUGUAUUCCACAAGCAGCAGUGGUUCAAUUGUAUUCGAACCGCCAUUGCCCCUUUCCAGCAGGCCGCCAGUCCCUCUGAGCUGCAGGGUUUGCCAGAGCUUCAUGAGGAGUACACAGAGAACAACCCCUCUGCUGGGAACGUCAGAGCCCAGAGAAGGAUGUCCACAGCGUCUAGUGUGACUCAGGUCGAAGUUGAUGGAGAUGCUUCAGAAUGUGGCUCCCCAGGACACACAGCAGAUGACAUUAAGAGUGUAAAAGCGCCCCGAACACAGUCUAGCUUCCGUAAAGCAAGGGACAAAGCCCAGCUGAGUGGCAAACGGAAAGAGACUCUGGUGUAAAGGAAGCUCUGUGCGUUAACUGGUGGAGAGACUGUUUAUUUAUAAAUGUGUACAGGUUGUUGUUUCUUGUAAUGUGAGCAUGGGAGCGUUGCAGGGUUGCUUAAUACCAGUCGUAACAUUUUCUAUGUUUUUGGUUGGUUUUGGUUGUUGUUCUUUUUUUUUUUUUUUAAUGGCAGCUAAAGAUAUAUAUACAGAUUACUGUUAAAAUCCUUUUUUUUUUUUAUAUUUUUUUUAGAUAUUUCCUCUGAUUAUUUAGAACAUGCAAGCCUGGUAUUUGUAAUCAAAUAUUUAUGAAAUUUCUCCUCAUUCUACAUUCAUCAUGACUUUCCAAUAUCAACCAAUUGUGAUAGUUACAGUUUUUGCCAAAACUUAAAAUUUUGCAGGUGCUGGGAUUUUACCAGUGUUUCUUUAAUAAACUCUGCGUGCAGAAUUUGAAAUUUUAACAUUGGCACCUAAAAUCUACAUGGAAUAUGUGUUUGUGGUAUUUUGGAAUUUACGUUGACACAUAAUGUUCCUUGGAAAACAAAGCAUAAAACUUAAUAGGUUUUCCAUUUUAUUAACUGGAAUGCUUUAUAUUAGUUUGUUUUUCACUGCACAUUCCUCAUUUUUCAUUCAUUUAACCUGCCAAUUAUUUAAUUUUUUUUUAUUGUAAAGUAGCUUUUAGUAUUUGCUUUAUUUUUUUACUUUGAUACCUUUUCAAAUUGGCAUGUCUUUAAAGUAUUUUUCUUCCUUGAUUAAAAAUGUGUGUGUAUGUGUGUGUGUAUGUGUGUAUAUAUAUAUAUAUAUAAUUUUUUUAAUCAUAUUAACUUUACCAAGUGAAACCAAGCCAUACUGUUUUUGAGCCAAUUGAGAAAAUUGCAGUUUUUAAAAAAGUGUAGCAUUUCAGGGUGGUGAACACACAUGAAAUGACUCAGUGCAUUCUGGACUACUGAAAGAAAACCACCUUAAGGAUUUUGUUGAAAGUUUUAGUGUUGUCUGAAAAGCAAAAGGAAGGCAAUUGACUGGUAAUAAGUAGAAAAAAAAGAGGGAAAAAGAGAGUAGUUUUGUCUUAAAGUAAAAAUGUCUGGUUGUGCCAGAACGUGAAAGGAGAUAGUAAAAGCUAAACUUGAUGGUGUGUAGUAAGUUGUAGAAGGCUGGGGGGACGUGAGCUUUAUUUGCCUUGGUUUAUAAUACCUGCAAAUAAUGGGUUUGAAAAGAAACAAUGAAAUGUAUUGAAAAUCCAUAUUAGAUAAAUUUUGGUGGAUUUAUUCUUGAGAGAAAAAAGACUGAUGCAUCUUUUCCUGUGAAAUGUUCCUGUUCCAGUGAGACCGUGUCUUUAGGGGAGGAGGACUACCAGCCCUGUGUCGUGGCAGAUUUAUAACGGUGAUCAGUUCCAGUAAACAUUGACUGUUCUGUGAACUCUAUUUGGCCAGUGGAAAUGAAAAUUGAAAAAGACUGUAAAUAGAUCAAAUGAUUUCUCUGUAUAAAUGAAUUAUAUAAUUAAAAAAAAAGCACACACAUAA